AUGUCAUCUCAGCUUGUUCAAGACGAUCCAGCCACUCUCCAAACCUACCAGAUGUUGGGUUACCACCCAGCUACCUCUGUCACUGGAACCAGCAAGACCUCCGCCAGAGUAAUGAAGCCAGUCUACAACACCUACAACAAGAAUGAUUUCAAGGUCUUUGGUUACUACACUGAUUGGAGCCAAUAUGACGGUAGAUUGGAUGGUAUGACCGAUCCAAACCAAGCUGGUCGUGGUUAUGAUUUGGCCAAAGUUGAUCCACAUGCCUAUGACAAAAUUGUUAUUGGAUUUGUUGGUAUUCUUGGAGACAAGGGUGAGAAGCAACAACAAAUCACCAAAGCUGCCAGUGACUUUGGAAUCACUACUCCAUGGGCACCAACUUUUACUGAUUCCUGGGGUGAUGUUCUCUCCUACAGAAACUGUGGUUUCACAGGUUGGGUAUCGAACGAUGUACAAGCCUACUACAACCAAAAAAUGGCACAAGGUGUUCUCGGAGGUCUUCGUAAAUUGAAGGAUGCCAAUCCAGACUUACGUCUUUCAUUCUCUGUUGGUGGUUGGACCAUGUCUGAAGCUUUCCAUUUCAUGGCAGCAAAUGCAACCUAUCGUACCAACUUUAUCAAUGGAAUCGCUGAUAUCUUUACCAGAUUCCCAAUGUUCACUGAGAUCGAUUUGGAUUGGGAGUAUCCAUCAGCAGCAGGUCAUCCAGGAAACACCUACGAUGACAGUGAUGCACCAAACUAUGCUUUGUUGGUCAAGGAGUUAAAGGCCAAGUUGGUAAGCAUCAGCCGUCCUGAUGUUCUUAUUAGUAUUGCCUGCUCUGCCGAUGUCACCAAAUUGGCUAAAGCCAACAUCCCAGCUAUGAUUACCAAUGGUGUAACUGGUAUUAACUUGAUGACCUACGAUUUCUUUGGAACUGGAUGGGCAACUGAAGUCGCUCACCACACCAAUUUGAAGACCUAUCCAAAUUCGCCAUUCAGUACUGACAGCGCUGUCUGCUAUCUUCUUGACAAGGGUGUCAAUCCCAAGAAUAUCUACAUUGGAUUUGCCGCGUACAGUCGUAAUGCAGCAGGUUGCACUAUUACCAGUACAAGUCCACUCAAAGGAAGCUACAACCAGAGUGCACAAGUCACUGGAAUGUUCGAGGUUGGUGUCUCUGAGAAUGCCGAUAUCAUGUACAACUACAUGGACUACGAGAAGAAACAAGGAAGAAACGGUUUUACUCUGUACACUGAUGAAGUAGCUGAUGCCGACUACCUUUAUAGUUCCAGUUCGCAGAUGUUCUUGUCGAUCGACACACCAAGAACCGUCAAAGACAAAGCAGAAUACGUCAAAUCCAAGGGAUUGGGUGGAAUGUUCACCUGGACAAUCGAUCAAGAUCGUGGACUCUUGGUCAACGCUGCCAGAGAGGGUCUAGGUUGCACUGUCAAAUCGAAAUUAUAA